AUGGAGAGUAAGAAGACUAGAGGAAAACAAAAAAUUCCAAUGUCAAAAAUAGAAAAACAACGUGAUCGCGAUGUAGCAUUUUCCAAACGUUGCUCAAAUCUAUACAAAAUGGCAAAUGAACUUGUUAAAUUGUGUGGUGUUGAUAUUGGAAUAGUACUAUUUUCACCUACAAAUAAACCUUUCUCAUUUUUCCACCCAACAACUGAAGCGGUCAUUGAGCGAUUUUUGAGUCCAAAUUCACAAUCAAGUGAAAAGACUCGCCUAGAUGCAGAUCAAGCACGAAAUAAGGUGAAUCAACUCAACAAUCACCUAGAUGCUAUGGAGAAAAGGCUUGAGCACAUAGAAGAAAUUGAAUGUUCUCAAACACUAAUUCAGCUUAGUCAAAUGGAAGAAAAUGGUCAAAGAAAGUCUUCUUUUUUGAUAUGUAGCCAUACUCUAUGUUGGAUGUUUGGAGGAGUAGGAGUUCCACUGAAUUCAAAUAUCUCAUCCAAGGAUUGGAUUGAUUUAGCAAGGUAUAGCAAAUCGUAUAUUGAUGGUGUUGAAUCAUUCCUAGAUUUUGCUUACUCUUAUGGAGAUCCUCAAGGACAAGAAAUUCAAUGUCCAUGUGCAAAAUGUUGUAAUAUUCGUUGGACUCGAAGGAAUGUAGUGUAUGAUCAUCUAAUAUGCUAUGGAUUUGUUAAAGGUUAUACUAGAUGGAUCAAUCACGGGGAAUGGGAUAUCAAGUUGAAUGUUGACGAUGAUAUGGAUUACUCACGUGAUGAUAUUGAUGGGUUGUUAAAUGAUCAAUUUAGAGAUGUUGCACAGGCUGAAGGAGUUUAUGAUGGUCCAAAUGAAAAUGCCAAGAAAUACUAUAACUUAUUUAAAGAGGCAAGCCAAGAAUUAUAUCCUGGUUGUAUAGGAUUCUCUAAAUUAUCAUUCACACUUCGUUUAUAUUUGUUGAAGUGUCUACACGGAUGGAGCAAUGAAUCAUUCACUUCUCUUUUAGAAUUAUUAAAAGAGGUAAUGCCCGAGUUGAACAUUCUUCCGUCUUACAAUAAGACCAAGUCUAUGGUUAAGAAUCUCGGUAUUGAUUAUGAGAAAAUUGAUGCAUGUCCAAAUGAUUGCAUGUUGUUUAGGAAUGAUCAUAAGGAUGAUGAAUUUUGUCAUACUUGCAGAGCUUCACGAUAUAUUAAAAAUCCUAAAGUUGAUAGUGAGGUUGAGCCUUCUAAGAAAUCACAUCGAGUUUCAGCAAAGACUUUGAGACACUUUCCAUUAAUUCCUAGACUCAAAAGGUUAUUUAUGUGCUCAAAGACGGCUAAUUCUUUGAGGUGGCAUGACGAGAAACGUUCUAAAGAUGGAAAGUUAAGGCAUCCCGCUGAUGGUCAAGCAUGGAAAGAUUUUGAUAGGUUGCAUCCAAUUUUCGCACAAGAUUCUCGCAAUGUAAGACUUGGAUUAGCAAGUGAUGGAUUCAAUCCAUUUCGAACCAUGAGUAUAUCUCAUAGCACAUGGCCAUUUAUGUUGAUGGCGUAUAAUCUGCCACCUUGGAUGUGCAUGAAAUCUGAAUAUUCAAUACUUUCUUUACUUAUACCUGGGCCACGAUCACCUGGAAAUGACAUUGAUAUUUACUUACAACCAUUGAUAGAUGAGUUAAAAUUGUUGUGGGAUUCUGGGGUUGAAACAUAUGAUGCUUCAAGAAAUCAAACUUUUCAAAUGCGAGCAGCUCUUAUGUGGACAAUCAAUGACUUUCCUACAUAUGCUAUGUUGUUUGGAUGGAGUACAAAAGGAAAGCCUCCUCCACCUUUAUUAAAGGGAACCGAUGUGCUUAAUAGCUUACAAGAUUUUGAAAAUCACAACUUGUUACGCCACAGCCUUGAUGUAAUGCACAUAGAGAAGAACAUAGUUGAUAGCAUACUUGGAACUCUUUUGGAUAUUCCUGGCAAAACAAAGGAUCAUGCAAAGGCCCGGUAUGAUUUGAAAGAGAUGGGAAUUAGAAAGAAUCUUCAUCCAAAAGAUACUGAAGAUAAUAAGAGAACAAAGUUUGCAAAAGCUUGCUUCUCAAUGACAAAUGGAGAGAAAUCUGUUUUUUGUGGAGUUUUAAAGACAGCCAAGCUACCUGAUGGUAGUGCCUCCAAUAUAUCUAGGUGUGUGCAAUUGGAUGAAAGAAAAUUGUCUGGUUAUAAGACCCAUGAUGCUCAUUUCAUGUUACAUUACUUGCUUCCAAUACCAAUUAAAAGCAUCCUUCCAGAUCAUAUGGUUAUUCCUUUGAUUCAUCUAUGUUCCUUCUUCCAACGUUUGUGUCAAAAAGAUAUCAUAUUGGAGGAACUAGAUUGCUUAGAAGUAGAGAUCAGGGAAACAAUAAAUCAGUUGGAGCGAAUUUUUCCUCCGUCAUUUUUUGAUAUAAUGAUUCAUUUGCCUAUUCAUUUGGUGAAUGAAGUGAGAUUAGGUGGUCCAGUUCAGAACCGAUGGAUGUAUUCCACUGAAAGAGAAAUGGGUACAUUCAAAUCAUAUAUCCACAACAGACGUUAUCCAAAAGGUUGCAUAGUAGAGGCGUGUGUGGGAAUAGACUGUAUGAAUUUAUUUUCUAGAUAUCUGCAUAGGGCAGUACAAACCAGAUUUAACAGAAGAGCCCGAAAUAAUGAUGAAUGUGACCCAAGUGAUGCAGAAACAGUGAGUUUGUUUCCUAAAAAGGGAUGUCCUUUAGGAGCAAAGAAAACUGAUCCAGUUAGUUUAGAUAACAAGUCACUAAGUCAGGCACAUGCAUACUUAUUGGGAAAUUGUGAUGAGAUUCAAGAAUAUAUUAGAUUCCAUAUUAGGCAACGUGAUGCAAGGCAUAAAACACAAAAUAGUGGUGUUACAGUCGUUGCCUCAACUACAAGUUUUGCAAGAUCAAAGGAUAAGAACCCGAUUGCUACAGAUUUGACUUAUUAUGGUAGAAUAGUUGAUAUAGUUGAGUUAGACUAUUAUAGUCAUUUUAAGGUUGUUCUGUUUAAGUGCGAUUGGUAUGAGGUUGAAAAAGAUAUUUAUGGCCUUACUUAUGUCUAUUUUAACAAGAGAUGCUCUCAGGAAGAGCCUUUUGUGCUUGCUUCUCAAGUACAUCAAUGCUUCUAUGUGCAAGAUCCAUAUGAUCAAGAUAGACAUUAA